GAUGCACCAAAGAUCCUUCUAAACCCCCACUGUUGUGACGGUCAAUGGCGUUUCGCCCUGGUCAUGCUUCGGCGAGUUCGAGGGAAAGGGGAGAGCUAGCUCUUUGUUACUUCACAUUGUAGCCUUGUGUCUACUGGCAUACCCACCGGUGGCAGUUCCGUUGACGCAAGAGAUUGCUUUGAAAGUGCAUGAUCGCUUUGCAACCAGAUUCUUAACUUCACUCGUGCCUGAAAUAAGGAAAGCUACAUUUACCGCCCGACCCAAACAACAAUCCCCAAGAUUAACUGAUAUCCCCCGCACAAUACGCUUAACAUUCUUUCCCUAUUUGGACUAGUCAAAACCCCUUACGCCAGCUUCCCCAAGACUAUGCGAGAACUUCCCGCUUCGUUUCCCUUCACUAACACGCGGUCCAAUUCAAGCAACGCACCACUCGCAACCAGUAUAAAACGCAGCGCGUCAUCGUCGAUAGACGACCAGGGCCCAGUAAAACGUGCGCCGUCCUCGGAGGGGCCGUUGUCCUCCUCAUCCGGAGGAGGCCUAAACAAUACGAUGCAGCAAAGUACUGUUUUGGCGUCCUCUCGACAUGGACUGGGAACACCGGAAGGGAUUGGAUGUCACCAGAGGGACGAUAAUGCGCCUAUUGGACACAUGUCAAGUGUAAAGUGUUCACCUACGGUGUCGAUGGUUGAAGAUGCUUUGGCUGAUUUGAGAUUAUUGGGGGGAGACCGGUCACGGCCUGAUACGCCUACGCUUUCAUUGGGAGAGUCUGAUGGGAGUCGACCAGAAUCACCUUUUCCACCAGAUUUGAUGGAUAUUACAAUGUACGGAGUAACGGGAAUGACAGCACAAGAAUUGAUUGAUGCGUUGCAGCGACGACGCGACAAUCACAGCGAUCUCAGCACCAAUGGCACGUUCCAAUCACCUAUUCCACUGGGUGCUCCAAUCCUACCGAUAGAUCUCCGUUAUGUGGCCGACUUUUCACGAUGCCACAUCAAGGGUUCUGUUAACGUUAAUUUGCCAGUGCUGAUGCUAAAACGAUUCCGGCGCGGGAGUGUCUCAAGUUUUCAGAUGUCCAACUUUUUGACUGGCGCUGAGUCCAAGGAGCUCUACGAGAAUUGGAAGAGGGAUAAUGGCGCGCAACAAAUGACGAACCCUGACAUAGCAGCUUCGGUGCAACCGGCGUCCUCGGAUCGCGUACUCGUUAUAUAUGACGAUGAGAUGGGGGAGGGCAAUAGAGAUACUGAAGCUUGGGCUUUGAUCAACAUCCUUGCAAAAGGUUUGGCAGAAGAUGUGCUGUAUGCUGGGGUUCGUAAAUCUGUGACAGACCCAUCGGGACAGUUACCCGCACUACCAUAUUCCGGCCGAACAAUAAUUACAUAUCUCCGCGGCGGCUUUAGAGCGUUCCAAGAAGCGGCAGGAGCUGAUAGUCUUUUGUCGACGACGGGGACCGAUACUCACGACAAGGAAGGUUUGUCUUCGUCUCAAACCCCAUAUCUGAUCAAUCCUUCCCAUCGACCUCCGUCUGCCACUCCAUCAGUAAAGGGCACUCCCACCACUCAGGCGCCUCCAUUAACUCCGCUCAACAUCCGUUCGGCUGUUGCGGGAAACCAUCAACGCCUAGGUUCUCCGAGUUCAUCCUCCAAUAGCCCAUGCCUGACCCCCGAACCAGGAACGCCUCGUGGCGAGCGGACCAAUGCACUUUUGGGAGAGGCUUCUCGACAACGUAAGAAGUCUGCCUUCUCCAUUAAUACAACCAAACUCGUACCUCAGAACAGAGCAAGAGGACAAUCAGUUACCGCUCAAAAGCGGCUGUCUUCAUUAUCAAUGGAGUCACUUGUUUCGAACGGACGUCUCGGUGCCGAGAAAUCGACAGCAAUGGAUGGACCACCGGCAAGUGCCCUGCCGACCGCCAAACCUUUCCAGCUGCCGGAAAUCAUACAGCAUGGAGUUCCCAUACAUGAGGAAGUGACCCCACCUACCACCGCACAUCCUGCCUCCAACCAGAACUACUUUGGAACGCAUCGUCGAUCGAUUUCCGAAUCUCGCACCUCCAGCACAGGCACGACCAAUUCUUCUCCUCAUACCAGUACCCUGCAAGCUAUCUCCCCCGGCCCGUCAACCCUUCCCACUCCCGUUGAGCCCGUCUCCGAGGUAUUGCCGUACCUUCUCCUGGGAUCAGAUGCGAUCCCUCAAUCUAUGGACGGUGUAGAGCAGCUAAAGUCGCUGGGCGUCACCCAUGUACUCAAUAUGGCACAGGAAGUAGAGAAUAAGAAGGUGGACGAAAGUGGGCAAUUUGAUGUCAAAUGGUGUUUGGCAGAGGACCACGCAGAGCAUGAGAUUGAACAUGCCGUAAAGGAAGCUGUGGAGUGGAUCGACCAAGCACACCACGCCUCACCGAGGAACAUUGUAUUUGUCCACUGCAAGGCGGGUCGGUCGCGCUCUGCAACCACAGUGAUAGCUUAUUUAGUGAUCCACCAGCGAAUGACUCUCCGCGAAGCCUACGAUAAAGUGAAGCAAGCGCGGCCGGGGGUCAGCCCCAACCUCGGAUUCAUGCUGGCCCUAUUGAGAAUUGAGAAGGAGGUGCAUGGUGAAACUAGCAGUGUGUUGGAUAUCACUGCAUGAGCAUCUUCACUUCAGUUUAUCGGUGGAACACCUCUGAAAACCAUCACCCAUUGAGGUAAUCUUCCAUGUGUGAUACCCGUAUGACGCCAAUCGCGACAAUCACGCAGUCUGUCAACGUAAACGUUUUCAUAGGUUCCCCUUCUCUUCACUUUUACGGUACAUAUUAGAUUAAAGAAACCCUGCACAAAGUCAGGCAAUGUGAAUACUUCAAAAUGUGUUUUUUCUGGAUCCUAUGGCCGUUGUGAUACUGAAAUCAGAAACCUGCCUAUCAAACGCGAUAGUGACUACAAACAACGAUUGUAAUCCUCUAUGGAGGACCUAUUUACAAGUUUGCUG